CUCACCGCCCCGCCACCGCCUCGGCUCUGCCGCUCCGGCGCCCGGCAGGGGGGAGGAUGGCGGCGGCAGGCGGGCGGCUGCUGGCGGCGGCCGCGGCUUCCUCGGGGCGGGCGGGCUGGGGCGGGGGCUGGGGCUGGGGCAGGGACAGGCCGCUCCGCAGCCCGGGCGCGCCGCUCCUGCCCUCCCGGGGCGCCACCGUCACCCGCAGCGGCGCCAUCUUGCCCAAGCCGGUUAAGACACCCUUCGGCCUCCUCAGAGUGUUCAGCGUUGUGAUCCCCUUCCUGUACGUUGGGACGCAAAUCAGUAAGAACUUUGCGGCCCUGCUUGAAGAACAUGAUAUAUUCGUCCCAGAGGACGAUGACGACGAUGAUUAAAAGGAACUGCAACAAGAACAGAAGGGAGGCAACCAUUGACAAAGCAAUUGUUCCAGCAUCUGUCACCUGUGGUUUGUCCUUCCUAAAUGGGACAGGGGAGCUCUGUCCCCUUGCCAGCGAGUGCCCUGUGCAUGUCUGUGUGACAAAAAUCUGUAGAUCUGGUUUGAAAUGCUUGAUAAUCAAGGCCCUGCAACCUUGCACGUACACGCUCACCUCAUCAAAGACUGCUUGGGAUUCCUUUUAUUAGCAAUAUGGGAAACACUUAAUUAAAGAUCAAGAGAUUGAGAAGUA